AUGUUCAUCGUUUCCUACUUCCUCAAAAUCUUACAACUUAAUGAUAGCAGUGAAAUAAUUUCGUCAGUUUUAUAUUUGACUUCUCAGUCAUCUUUUAGUUAUCUAGCUUUUUUUUUUCAGGAUUGCCUAGUGACACGUAGGGAAUGUGACGCAUUCACAUGCAGUAAUCCACAACCGGAUUCGGUACUCAACUGUACGGCACUUCUGAUAUUAAUACACUCUUGUACUUCCCGAAAUCAGAAACUCUCUUCUGAAAAAUGUCCGUCGAUAUGUGGUAAAUGCGACGUGAAGAAUGCGAAUUUAUGCAAGGACCUCGCCGACAGCUCUGUCUGCUCCACAUUGAAAUUUUGUAACUCAGUCGAAUUUUACGACAACACGAGUGAACAAUGUGCAUCUACAUGCAACCGUUGCCCUGUUGGUGGUCAGAGUCGAGUUCGUUUUCCUGUUUUUCUCGCAAAUUGUACGACAAGAAAAGAGCUAUGCACAAAUCCCAGUUACGAUGGUCUGAUGCAUCGCGAAUGUGCAAAAACAUGCAAUAAAUGUGAUGGAUGCUUUGAUGCUAGUGUGAACUGUGAUUCUUGGAUGGCGAAUGGCUUCUGCACGAAAUCUGAUCCUGUGACACGAAAACGAUAUUGUGCGAGAACAUGCAAAAUGUGCCCGAUUUGA